UAGGAGCCAUCAGGUUUAGGGGUUAAAUUGCUGGCCAUGGCGCCAUAUGAUAAAUUUAGUUUUUCUUUUUUUCUUUUUCUCCCCACAGGUCGAAAUUUAGUUUACUCCCUGUAGCUUGCAUUCGAAGUUCGAACCUUCCGCUUGAGUGGGAUAAUUCAGUUCACAUUUCCAGAGAGAUGAUGCAGCUCGCUUCGCUAAUUUCUAGUUGCAGUAACUAUACUCAUCCCCUCUCGAUUAAGGGAGAACAAAACCUCAUUCCUGUUAAGGCAGAAAAUGUGAAGUUUUCUUUCAAGAGCUUGGCUCCGCCUUUAAUGGCUGCGCUUGUGGCCUUAUCUCCGUUAUGCUACACUCCAGAUAUCACAUUGGUCCUAAAACAGCAGAACCAUGCAGUUUGUACUCUUGCUGACUUCUUCAAUGCUACAGUUUCAAAUGGCCAAACCAUAGAUAUCCAGAGAGGAGCCUCUUUGUUUCGUCAAGCUUGUAUUGGUUGUCAUGAUGCUGGUGGGAACAUAAUACAGCCAGGAGCAACUCUAUCUAUAAAGGAUUUACAGAGAAAUGGAGUUGACACAGCAGAAGGGAUCUACCGAAUCACAUAUUAUGGCAAGGGAAGAAUGCCAGGAUUUGGUAAGGAAUGCAUGCCCCGAGGUCAAUGCACAUUUGGAGCUCGUUUGGACGACGAAGACAUAAAGGUCUUAGCUGAGUUUGUGAAGAUGCAGGCUGAUCAAGGAUGGCCAACUAUACAAAAUCCACAAGAUUGAUUGAUUCACUUAUUAGCCUUUAUAUGUCUGCUUUUAACUCUAUCGUAGCAAUGAUUCUAUCAUGUUCAUUCAUUUGAGCCCAUAUAAUUAUUGCUACUGCAUGAUUCUACUA